AUGAUUGAUCCCGACUACCGUUUCUGGGCCGAUGGAGGCAUGACCGAUUAUCUCGACGACGAGGUCUUCGUCAUGGACUGGGACCAGCAACGUCACUACACAAUUUCUGGCCCUUCGAGCUUUUUGAAAAUAGAAGAUCAAGAGAAGGAUGGAUGCGCAGCAAUUGAUGUUUUGAGACGCUACAUGAAUCAACUCGACCCUGGCGUUCAUACGAUCCGGGUCGAUGCGGAAGGUUCUCUUGUCUCGACUUCAUCCAACCCCGAAGAGGAUCCAGAAUAUGCCGUUUUCUAUCCGAGUCUUCAUGACGCCCCCAGUAUUCAAGGAUGUCCGACCAUAGAAAUGUCCAAACUGGUGGAGCUGGAUCGUUUUGGUCCUGGCGUAGAUCUCGCGAGUUACAAAGAUGAGAACGGCAUUGUCAAGAAAGUGGUGUUCAAAAGUGCGCCGAUCAUGCAGUUUAGAGGGCGAAGGUGGUGGGAAAUCAAUAUGCUCUACUCUUUGCCUCGACAUCCUAAUCUUGUCCCUCUGGAUCGCAUUGUUGUUGACGACAUGACAUCGCAGCACAUCCUGGGGCUCACUGUUCCAUACAUAUCUGCACACACCAUUCAUGAUGAUCGCGAGCAGAUAUUUAAGCUCGAUUGGCUAUGUCAGUUGACGUCUGUGGUUGACUUCUUGAACCUAGAGCUGCGAGUCGCUCAUCAAGAUAUCGCACCCAGGAAUAUCAUCUGUCUUGAGCAAGCGUCAGAAGGCCAUCAGCUUCAACUGUUCGACUUCGAUCGCGCGAGCUCGAUUGGACAGCUCGGGUGGGCUGAGGAGCUAAACGACAUCAAGGGUGUAAUCUUCACUCUAUACGAGAUCAUCACACUGGAUGAUUCAUACCAGCGCUUGCCGCCGUCAGAGCGAAACCCGGACGUAGUGAUGAACCUCGAGUAUUGGCCACAACGACGCAACCUGGAUGUUGAGGUCCCGAUUCUUCGAAAACAUCUGGAGGAAUGGGUCCGAUGUCGCAAAGACAUGGCUCCGACUACGCAGGAAGCAAUAUCGCCUUCAAGGGUUCCCGAAAUGCCAAAACCAAGACCUGUUGUAGACGACAUCGAUGAAAAUGGAACGCCUGUCUAUAUAUCAUUGCCACGAACUCAGCGUCAGUUGGCAAAGAAGUACGGUAAUUAUGUCAUCUCCUGGGAGCGUACGCCCAGCGUCACCAACCCCUCAAACUAG